GCUCGCCUAGGUCCUCAAUAGCGAACAUCUCGAAGGGCACCAUCGUUGUCUGUUCCUCUUCACCUGUCCGUUUCGUGGUUAUAGACCCCGAGGAAGCCUAAACUUUGCUCGCAUACCCAUCUUAUCACUAUGUCUAGCCAAAUCCCCGAGAAGACUCAGGUUCUCGUCAUCGGUGGUGGCCCCGGUGGCUCGUACGCUGCCGCGUGCCUUGCCCAGGAGGGCCUCGAUGUCGUCGUCCUUGAGGCCGACAAGUUCCCCAGAUAUCACAUUGGCGAGAGCAUGCUUGCCUCCCUGCGUCACUUCCUUCGAUUUGUCGACCUGGAGAGUGUGUUUGAGGAACACGGGUUCCAGAAGAAGGCCGGUGCCGCUUUCAAAUUCAACGCGACCAAACGCGAAGGAUACACCGACUUCGUCUCGCGCGACCCAGGCAACUAUUCGUGGAAUGUGGUCCGCUCCCAAGCCGACGAGCUCAUGUUCCGUCACGCUGCCAAGUGCGGUGCAGUCACUUUGGAUGGCGUCAAGGUAACCUCCGUCGAGUGGGAUCAGCCUUCUCCCGCCGCAGGUGAACCUGUACCCAGCGGCGCGAGGCCCAUAGCUGCAAGCUGGAAGACCCGGGACGGUGCUACCGGACGCAUCGCAUUCGAUUACGUCGUCGACGCGAGUGGCCGUGCGGGUAUACUGAGCACGCAGUACCUCAAGAACCGCAAGCUCAACAACAGUCUCAAGAACGUCGCGUGCUGGGCGUAUUGGGAGGGCGAUGGCAUUGGGAAGUAUUCGCCCGGGACGACGCGCGAGGGUAGUCCCUUCUUUGAGGCGCUUUCCGACGAAUCGGGCUGGUGCUGGUUCAUUCCUCUGCACGAUGGUACGACCUCGGUCGGUCUCGUCAUCGACCAGGAGAUCUCGAACAAGAAGAAGGCUGAGCUCCGCGCUGCCGCGGACCCGUCCAUCCCCGAGGGCUUGCUUGGCCACUACCUCACUGAGCUCAAGCUUGCACCCCGCAUCCUGGAGCUCAUUGCCGACGGCAAGCUCAUCGCAAGCAAGGACGGCGCGGCGACGGUCCGCAGCGCGAGUGACUACUCGUACUCGGGCUCGUCCUAUGCUGGCCCUGGCUACAGAAUCGUCGGUGACGCUGGUGCCUUCAUCGACCCCUACUUCUCUUCUGGCGUCCACCUCGCCCUCUCCAGCGGUCUCUCCGCUGCCGCGACGAUCAGCGCCUCCAUCAAGGGCGACGUCUCCGAGACCGACGCCGCUGAAUGGCACACCGCCAAGGUCGGGACUGGGUACACGCGUUUCCUGUUUGUCGUCUGGUCUGCGUACCGGCAGAUCCGGUCGCAGAGCGUUCCCGUGCUCUCGGACGUCGACGAGGACAACUUCGACCGUGCAUUCGCCCACUUCCGGCCAGUCAUCCAGGGCAACGCGGACGUGGGCAAGGACAUGAGCGAGAGCGAGUUGCAGGCGACGAUCGAGUUCUGCACGCAGGCGUACGUCGAGCCGUCGAGCCCCGAGGAGCGUGCGGCUGUCAAGGCGCGCGUCGGGGAUCUCAAGAUCGAGGAGGCUGUCAAGGCGCUCGACGGAAACCUCUCGGCUGUCAAGAACGCGAGCGCGAAGCACGUCAAUGGUAUCAACAGCUCUAUGAACGGCAACGGCAGCGCAAACGGCGUGGUUGGCAACGGGAACGCGGACAUGGAGGGGUUGGACGAGCGGGAGAAGCGCAUCGCUGUGGGGAUGACGGCGCGCAAGGUGAUGCGGUCCGAGGACAUCGAGCAUAUCGAUAACUUUAUCAAGGACGAGCUGAACGGCUACCGCAUCAAGCUGAUCAAGGGCUCGCUCAGCCUCGAGAAGGCAUGAGUGCUACUUAUCAGGGGCCCUCAGGUGAUUAUGGAUGGAAAAGAUACCUUGGAUACGUGUAGAACAGCUUCUGUAAUCUUAAGCGUAUAUUAGAG